UCUGACUGACCAACAGAACAGUCCGGUUCCACGAGACCAUCGGACCAGUGGCUUGUUUAAACUCGCGGGUUUCCUUCAUUUUAGUUUAUUUUAGUUUGUUUGUUUGAACCAAUCUUAGUUUAAUCGUUAAAAUGAGGUGGUGUCUCCCCGUCGUGGUGCUGUUCUGCAGUACGGUCUGCGCUCAGAAGGCGGACGAGGACAAGGCGAUAGCAUGGCUCACAGAGCUGUACAAGAAAGAUGCAGGCAUCUCACAAUCACCCGAUAGCCGUUUUGGCAGCGGUGGCGGUAGCGGUGGCGGGAGCGGUAGCGGUAGCGGAAGCGGUAGCGGGGGCGGUCUCAAUUUAUCACCUGCUAAAACUAAUAACAAAAAUCAAAGGGCCUGUGUGACGGAAGACACUCAAGAAAAUGGCUUUUGUACGAAAGCCUCCAACUGUAAUAAAGAGCCGGAGAAAUUGGACACGAGUACCAACUUCAUAUUGAGGGAAGGUAACCCAUGCCACUACCUCGAAGUCUGCUGCCCGCCCAACCGCACGCGGUCUAAGCCCAAGAAGCCCGAGCCGACGCAGGAGGUGGGCUGCGGCUUCAGCAACCCUGGCGCCAGCGUCUUCCGCGAGAAGACCGGCAGCUCCAAGAGUGGUUAUGCCGACUAUGGCGAGUUCCCCUGGAUGGUGGCUUUGCUGAAGAGUGGACCGUCUGGCUGGUUGGAUGAGAACUAUCUGGGUGGAGGAACGAUCAUCCAUCCGUCCGUGGUGAUGACUGUCGCACACAAAGUGGAUAACUUGGAUCCCAGUGAGUUGAAGUGCCGCGCCGGCGAGUGGGACACGCAGACCGAGAACGAGAUAUACAUGCACCAGGAGAGAGCAGUCAGUAAGAUCAUCAUCCACGAAGACUUCUUUAGAGUCCACGUCCACAACAACAUAGCGCUGCUGAUCCUCAAGGAGCCGUUCAUAAAGGAGCCGCACGUCAACGUGGCCUGCCUCAGCAUGGCGCUGCCGCCCCCCGGGACCGUCUGCUACAGCAUGGGCUGGGGGGAGGACUUCACCCGCGGCAAGAAGUACGCCAACUUGCUCAAGAAGAUCACAUUGCCUCUCGUGGGUCAUGACGACUGCCAGACCCGCUACCGCAACUCGAAGCUCGGCUCGCGCUACUCGCUGCACCGCUCGCUCACGUGUGCAGGCGGCGAGGCCAUGGUCGACACGUGUCUCGGGGACGGCGGCUCGUCGCUUGUGUGUCCAGUAGGGAACAUCGCCGACCUGCGCUACUCCGUGGUGGGCAUGGUGGCGUACGGGCUGGAGUGUGGCGCCGCCAACAUCCCCGGUGUGUACGCCAGCGUGCCCGAGCUGUUCGACUGGGUGGGCGAGCAGCUGACGCGCCAGGGCUUCAACCGCACGGCCUACGAGGUGGACGCCAGCACGCAGUUCAAGCUACGGGACUAGACGAUGAUAUAUAUAAUUAAACUGAGGCUGAGAUAGA